GGGGGGAGAUGUCCAGGAUCACAGGGUGUUUAUUGAUAUGUGACACUAAAUAAGGCAAGAUGGUCCUUAUUUAGAUUGUCGUGUCCUUCAUUAUAUAUUCCUAUCAUAAGAUACCGUAAAUCCUCGAAUUAGCCCCCAGGGGCUUAUUUAUUUUUGAUAUUUUUGGAUGGGGGCUUAUUCGAGGAGGGCUUCUACGAGGGAGGGGAGGGGGCUUAAGAAAUUAUUGUAGACAUUAGGAAGACAUUGUUAAAAGACCGCAUGCUCAACCUAAAAUGGUGAACUUUUUCAAAAAUUCAUAUUUUUUUGUAUAUUUUAAAAAACUAGAGUAGGAAUACAGCUAUACAGGGAAAUGCUAGAUUAAUGCUGCUGUACAACAAAGUUGUACAGUAUAGUACAGUAUAAAAUAAUUCAAAAUAAUGAAAUGAUUAAAUAAUAAAGGCUGAGUCAGAAAUGUCAUCAACUGCUUUUGGCUGAGCAAUAGGUUUUCCUAUAUGUUGCUCUUAAUACCCUUUACAUUUCUGAAUACUAUCAACAACCAUUUGUUGGAGUCACUGUUAAAAUUUUUGUCCUUUUCCCCCAAUACUGCAGAGAUCAUAAUAGCUUAGGCCAACAUCAUAGGGGUACCACGAUAAAACAUACUUCCUACUAACUUACGUCACUUCGUAGUGAACAACGAACGUUACAUCAAGGAGAUGAGAGGGAGGCUGUUUUUGACCUUGCAAAUUCACAGUAGUGUUAUACUGUUAUAGUCCAGCUGUUAUCGACCACAAUUGUGCACUUAAAUGAUUAAAGCAUGAAACUUUCCAGAAUAGCUAAUGAGUUACUCAGUAAUCAUAUCUGAUAUAGUGCCAGUCGGUAUUGUGCUCGAGAUCCGAGAACUGCGCAUGUCUGUAUGGAAACGAGGCUUAGAAUAAAGUACUCCCUAAUCACUUUAUAUUUUGAUAUUUUUGUUUGAAAAACUUUCUGCGAUAUGUGCAAUAUGCAAGGAAGCAAUCUAAUACAUAUCCGAGAACUGCGCAUGUCAGCACGAAAACGAGGCUGACAUGUCAAAUUUGGCGCGAACAAGAAAAUGAUGUCAGCAUGUUUCUCUUGUAAAUCAAAAUUUAUUCUUGGGAACGAUUCAGCAAAUAAAAGGUUAUUUUUUCGAGCGAGCUAGGAUGCCCUACUUAUUGAUGUAGUGGUCACGACAUGACACAUUUGCUGAAUCCGUUUGAAGAGGAAGGAGAAUAUUUGCUGGCGAUUCAUACCAAAGAUGUCAAGUCUAAUGAAGUGAUCGAGACAGUUCGCAAUGCUAAACGUAUUGGUGAAGAACAUUUCAAUCUGUUUUUGAAGGAGCGAUUUGUUGAAAAAAGCAAACCUGUUAGCCAUCCCAUAAAGAAGAUGUGCCUAUCAAUCUUUGAUACGCCAGAGAAAAAGAAAGUACCCGCAGAUAAAGCUAAGCUACAUGUUCUUCAACAAGACUGCUCUCUGUUUUCACGUCUUUAUAUAGCAUGCCAAUUCCGCGACGGAAAUCUAGAAGAUUUCUUCAAAUAUGAGAAUCAGCCAUGGCCCCCUUCACUUUCCCAAUUUGGCCAGCUCAGAGAAGGCCAAAAAGCAGACCUCAUUAACUGCUUAACAAGCCUAUCAGCACAAGUUCCGACUACGACCAAACCAUCUGUUGAUGCAGUCAUUAUUGAUGGUGCUGUCAUUGUCCAGAUGCUACAGCCUAAAACUGUGCGCUCAUUCGAUGAAUAUUUCACAGCCAUAUCCGCCCCUUACAUUCUGAGAAUACUGCAAAAUUCCUCGCGAAUUGAUCUAGUAUGGGAUGUUUACAAAGUGGACUCGUUGAAGAAAUCACUGCGAGACAAGAGAGGUUCUGGGCAACGUCGGAAAGUGAUGGCCUCAACAAGAAUCCCGACAGAUUGGAAAGGCUUUCUUAAAGUAGAUGAAAACAAAGACGAGCUGUUUAAGUUUCUUGCAAACAAGUUGGUUUCAUUGACGAUUCCCGACGGUAAGGAGAUCUACACCACUUACGGCGACGAUGUUUUAUGGCUCUCUAGUACUCAAAGAGAUGUAGAUUACCUUGUGCCCUGCAGCCAUGAAGAGGCAGAUACACGGUUAAUUGUUCAUGCGCGUGAUGCAACUUUAAGCGGACACCGCCGGAUACUCAUCAAAAGUAAUGACACAGAUGUUGUUGUGUUAGCCGUUUCAGUUGCUGGUUUUAUUCAAGCUGAUGAGGUCUGGGUUACUUUUGGCUCUGGCAAGAAUAUGCGGUAUAUCCCUGCACAUAUAGUUGCAAAAUCUUUAGGCACUGAUAAGGCAUCAGCUUUACCAGUUUUCCAUGCUUUAACAGGGUGCGAUACUGUAUCAUUUUUUGGAGGACGUGGGAAAAAAACAGCCUGGGAAAUAUGGAAGAUCUUUCCUCAGUUAACGCCUGUCCUGAUGACCCUAAAAGCUGCGCCAACAACAGAAGCCCUCAGCAGUCUCAUGCCACUGCUUGAGAGAUUUGUGGUUCUGUUAUAUGAUCGUACCAGUAGCCUUAACAGAGUCGAUGAGGCGCGGCAGGAGCUCUUCUCAAAAAAUCAAGGAGUAUUGAUGGCAUCCCUCCUACGCAAGCAGCCCUCCACGAGCACGUUAAAAGAGCGGUACAUCAAGGAAGUUUUGUUUGGGGUCAAACGCUUCUGAAACAGCCUAUAAUUCCAAGUCCAUCAGAAUGGGGAUGGCAGCGACAGGGCGUUAUGUGGACACCAUAUUGGACAGAAUUCCUUCAGGCAAAGGAUACAUGCUAUGAACUAAUCCACUGCAAAUGUAAGGGGCCAUGCAGGGGUCGCUGCAAAUGUACAAGAGCUAAUCUGGCAUGUACGGGACUCUGCAAUUGUGGGGGCAACUGCCAACAGUAGUUUGUCUAUUAUGUAUGCUAGUUACCUUCAAAGUUCGUUACUUUAUAGUUAGAAUUGUAAACAAGAUAAGCAAUACCCAUAUAAAAAGUAGCUUGCUUACAUACACAUUUCGCAGAAAGAUUAUCAAAUAAAGAUAUCUAAAUAUAAGGUGACUAGGGAUACUUAAAUCUUAGCCUCGUUUUCAUAGAGAAAUGCGU